GCUCAAUCUAUUAACCAGUUUAAGAAAGAAAGAAAGAAAGCUGGAAUGGCACCGACUGUACAUGCAAAAUAUGUAGGACGUUCGUGCCACAGCUUGUGUCACUAUGGUUACAGCUUACUAGAGUUCCUACGCAACGCACUGAGCCCUUAGCCUCUUUUUGCCAUGGAGGCAGUUUAAUAAUGACCUGCUCCUAGAGUCUGCCAUACUGCCGCCUCUAAUCAGUGACUGCCACUACAAAGAGUAGAUUUUGACAGAAUUUGGCUGUUGCAAAAUGCCUACAGCAUGCUAUGAUUGUGGAAAAAAUGCAAUUUUGAAAAGGCCAAAGACGGGAGCUGCACUGUGCAAAGAAUGUUUUUUUAACACUUUUGAAGAGGAAGUUCACAAAACAAUAUCAACAAAUAAGUUGUUUAUUCCUGGUGAUGUUGUUGCAAUAGGAGCUUCUGGUGGCAAAGAUUCAACAGUGUUGGCAUAUUUGAUGAAGAAGCUCAAUGACAAACACAACUAUGGCUGUAAGCUAAUUCUAGUGUCUGUUGACGAGGGCAUUACUGGGUACAGAGACGACUCUCUUGAGACAGUGAAAAGGAACCAAAUUCAGUAUGAUCUACCUUUAAGGAUUGUUUCAUAUGAGGAAUUGUAUGGCUGGACAAUGGAUGCUAUUGUAAAACAGAUUGGAUUGAAGAAUAAUUGUACAUUUUGUGGAGUAUUUAGAAGGCAGGCGUUGGACAGAGGUGCAAUGCUAGUUGGUGCCAACAAAAUUGUGACAGGACACAAUGCAGAUGACAUAGCUGAAACUGUUUUGAUGAAUGUCUUACGAGGAGACAUAGCACGACUGCGAAGAUGCACUUCAAUAACAACGGGCUCUGAAGGAGCAAUCCCCAGAUGCAAGCCUUUUAAAUACACCUACGAAAAGGAAAUUGUUAUGUAUGCAUAUUUCAAGAAACUUGAUUAUUUUUCAACAGAAUGCAUUUACUCUCCAAAUGCUUACAGGGGUCAUGCAAGGACAUUUUUGAAAGACUUAGAGUCAAUUCGGCCAAGUUCUAUUGUUGAUAUUAUACACUCUGGUGAAAGUUUGGCUAUACGGAAGGAUGCUAAAAUGCCCAUUCAAGGUGAGUGCACAAAAUGUGGUUAUAUUUCAAGUCAACAAUUCUGCAAAGCAUGUGUCAUGCUUGAGGGUCUUAACAAAGGUCUUCCCAAAUUGGGGAUUGGAAAAACCCACAAGGGAAAGGGGAAAGCAAUCCUUGAGAAUGUUAUUACCAAGGAAGUAAAGAAUCAUUUACCACCAUCAGCAAGAUUUUCCACUGUAGAGAGCCAGUUAGGAGAUAACACAGAAGAACAUAAUUGGUGAUGCAUACAUGGCGAGAUGUAUUGAGAGUGGGUUGACUUCAAUGAUGUUUCAGUGCUUAGUUUCCAUAGCAACACUCACUUUUAUUCUUAUGGAGUUAAAAAUUGGGGAUAGCCAGUUAUAAAAUCUUCUGAUAUUUAAAAAGGUUCAUAUAAUGUAAAGAUCGUAAAAUGAGAAGGAAAAACAUCCAAUAUCAAAGGGGGUAAUAUCAAGCUUUUUGAUAUUAGUUUUAAGGAUCUAUAAAAAUUAUAUGUUUUUCUGUGUUCUUGCAUAUCCCUAGGAUAUGUUCUCAGCUUUAGAUAAAUUGUGGGAAACCUUUUUGGAACAAUUAUAUAUCAUAUAUAAAAACACUAUGAGUUUUAACAGUU